AUGUCAAAUUACGUUUCACACGCCGUGAACUAAUGUUGGUAUCUUUAUCAUGUUUUAUUUUCUAUCCUUAUCAUUCUUAUACUUAUUUGUAUCCGUAAUUACUAUCUUCCAAGUUUUAUGUUUAAAAUACCGGCAGUAAUAAUAGCUUGCGUCUUGUUUGGUAAAUUGUAUUCUUUGUAACACGUGAAAAUUAAUUAAACCUAAAAAAGUUAAUAAUUAUAAUGGUUGUGGCUGAAGAAAUGAAGCCAAGUUUAAAAGUAUCAGUAUCGGACAACGAAUCUUCAAGUGCCGAAGAAUCUGAAGAGUCCGAUCAUGAAAUGGCUAUUGAAGAGGCUGACGAUGCCGCGGAAGCAGAUGCUGAAAGCGUAGCUAGCGAUGAUGAGAAAUCAGAAGUACUUGUGACCAAUGAAGGAUGGGCAGAUUCAGUAGCAAAAAUCUUGGGGUCAAACAAACCAAAAAACAAAAAAACCUUAGUUUUAUCAAGGGCAAAGAAACAUUCAGAAGUUAUAAAAAAAGUUAAAGAAGAAAAACCAUCCUUCGAAAUCAUAGGGGAAGUAAAAACUGAAACCACGGAAACAAAAGAAGAAGAUUCAACAGAACCUCCUGCAAAAAAAGUUAAACAUGAAAAACCAUCAAUAAGGAUGAAACCCAAUAUAUUAGAGAAAGACAGAGAAAGGUUACUAUCAAAAAUAGCAACUAAAGGUGUAGUUCAGUUAUUCAAUGCUGUAAGAAAUCAACAGAGAACAUUUGAGAAUGAAGUGGGAAGGAAAGAUUUGUCUGAAGGGAAAAAGGAGAAAUUGUUAAAGAAAUUUGACAAAAGGGCAUUCUUGGACACACUGAUGGGACAGAGUAAAUCAGUAGUUGUUGACCAACAAAUAAAAUCAACUAAGGAAGAGGUCAAAGAUGAAGAUAAGCCUAGAUGGAGUGCAUUAAGAGAUGAUUUCAUGACUGGAGCCAAAAUGAAGGAUUGGGAUAAAGAAUCUGUGGAUGAAUAGAACAAGUGUAUUAAUAAAUAAUUUUAUUGCAUUAUUA